CCACAUCCAAGACAUUAAAUAUUGGUGCCUUCGAUUGAGACCUCACAGACACGGACUUGGAUCCUCCAUAUAUGAUAUAUUUAAUAUUCUCAUAAGCAUCCAUCCACUUCAAUCUGAGGGGAAUGGCUGGAGAAGAGCAAAGACGAAGAUGGAGCCUUAAAGGCAAAACCGCACUUGUCACCGGUGGAACCAAAGGCAUUGGGCAUGCUAUAGUAGAGGAACUUGCAGGAUUUGGAGCAAUAAUACAUACGUGUGCUCGCGAUGAAGCACAUCUCAACGAGUGUUUGAGUGACUGGAAAAAUAAAGGGUUUCAAGUCACUGGUUCAGUCUGUGACGCAUCGUCCUGGACCGAAAGAGAGAAGCUGAUGCAGACUGUGUCCACUUUGUUUGAUGCCAAACUCAGUAUCCUCAUCAACAAUGUUGGCGCAAUCCGGUCAAAGCCAACAAUUGAAAACACGGCCGAGGAUUUCUCGUUCCACAUUUCCACCAACUUGGAAUCUGCGUACCAUUUUAGCCAGCUUGCACAUCCUCUGCUCAAGUCUUCAGGGUGUGGUAAUAUCGUGUUCAUAUCCUCUGUCGCUGGGGUCGUGUCGUUUGGCGUCAGCUCCAUCUACUGUGCAACAAAAGGGGCAAUGAAUCAGCUAGCAAGGAGUUUGGCAUGCGAAUGGGCUAGCGACGGCAUUAGGGCUAAUGCUGUAGCUCCUACAGUCAUUGCCACUCCUCUCGUUGAUGCGUUUGAUGAUGAAUUGAAGAAAGCAGUGGAAUCAACAAAUCCCUUGGGGCGCUUAGGGAAGCCGGAGGAGGUAGCAUCGCUUGUGGCAUUUCUUUGUAUGCCUGCAGCUUCUUAUAUAACGGGUCAGACCAUCUGUGUCGAUGGAGGUCUUUCUGUAAAUGGCUUCUCGUAUCAGCCACAUGCUUAAAAACAAAUUGCCAAAACAAAUCACAAUUUCAAGUUUCUACUUCAUAUGAAUAAUCUAUUUUACUGGAGGUUAUUUUUUUCAAAAA